AUGAAUGUGUUGGCCUGUAAGGGUCUCGCCUAUAGCACUGGUGCAUAUGGCGCCAAGUAUUUUUCCAUGACGGAUCACGAGAUCGACGGCUUCAUCAUAUGUGAGGAGUGCUACGAAGACUGGGUGGUUGGAAUGCCAUUCGAGUCUCGCUUCUCACCGUAUUCGAACCAGCAAGGCGAGGACGAAAAAUGGGCAUGUGACUUGGCUGUCCCGUACAUCCGAACGGCGGUGCUGGAGAAAUCGAAACAUAACAGCUGGUCCGAGUUCGUCAAAUGCUGCACCACUCGGAUGUCGCUGCCCGCCUGCGAGGGUAUUGAGACUCAGUCAAGCCAUUGCAACUGGUACCACCCGCGACGCCAAAUCGAGGGCAUGCAUGUCUGCGAAACAUGUUACAUGGACAAGCUAGCCCUCACACGAUUCGCCGACGAGUUCGAGCGCCACCAGCCUAAGGAGGGAUUUGAGGGCUUCAUGGACGCCCUUGGGGAGAGGUGGACAUGUGCGCUGUCUGACAAAGCCAUCAAUCUGUCGGCUGCUCUCGGAGCAGCGCUCUAUCAGCGCAACUUUGACGUCUUCUGGGAAGCGGCUGACUCUAUUACUAAGCUGGUCCCGUGCACCAAACACGGCAUUGUGCGUGGUAAAUGGUGGACUGUGGCAGGCGGCUGCCCCGACCUUAACGUAUGCGAGGCGUGCUAUCACGGUGUCUUGCUGCCGUCGGGCCUCGACCGCUUCUUCGAGCCGGCAGAGCGAGACCCUACUCUCGACAUCGUCUGCAACUUCUGUCCCGAGAGUCAGCGUUUUGUGGAGUUCGUCGAUAAAUUCGCCGAAGCGCUCGACAAGGGCGUCUUCAGCUACUACGCAGAUCAUGUCAAGACGUGGGCGGGGGUCCCUAUCUGCCCCGGCAUCCGAAGCCGAAAGGAGGCACGCUGGUGGGGGUACCCAGAUGCGACGUUCUGCCAGGACUGCUAUCUGAGUUUCAUAGCGGACACGCCGCUAGCGGACGCGGUGCCUAUUCGGGGCAUGUACGACGAACGCACGAUGAUCUGUCAGAUGUGGUCGCCGCGGAUGCGCAAGAUGUGGCUGGCCACCUGCGAGGCGGGGCCUCCGGGAUCCACAGCGUCGGAAGGUUGGCUGGCGGAGUUCCGGGCAUUUGCGCGGCGUCGGCUCCAGAUCUACGACGCCACGGUGCCGCGCAUCGAGAUGAUGGAAGGCAUGCGACUCAUUCGCAUGGAAGAGGCCAUGCACCAGGGCCAGUUGAGCAUCAUGUAUUCGGGCAUGAACAGCAUGGCGUCGCUAGCAGGCACCACGGACGGGUACUGGCAUGGCAACAGCUCUCUUGGUUGGUAUGAAACAGAGCACGGAGCCACGGCUGCUAAUAUGAGAAAUAAUAUGGCGGCGGGUAUGGCGGGCGCAAACAGGAUGGAGGACUGGAUGCAGAUUGCACAGCUAAAGACUAUGUGGUUAGAGGUAGAGUGA